AUCAGUUGAUUUUGGGCGUCAUGGGAGUCGAUGUCCAUCUUGAUGAAAUUAAGAGACUGACUCCGCGGUACAACCUUGGAUCCAACGGAUACAUUUUUGCCAUUGAUCCAAACGGGUACCUGCUCCUACAUCCUAACCUCCAGCCAAAGCUCGUGAAUCUUCCUGAACCCGUGACGCUGGACUUCCUGGAUGCCGAGGUGGAGGACGCUAAUAAAGAAGAGAUUCGGCGACAAAUGAUCGAUGGGAGACCCGGUGAAAUGCAAAUCAAAACUCUGAUCAAGUCUGUUGACGAGCAAUACAUCGAUGAGGUGUUCAGGGGUUACACCUGGACCCCCAUCAACGGCACGGACUACAGUCUGGGUUUGGUACUGCCCCCGUAUAAUGAGUUCUACAUUCAGGCAGACCUGAGUGAUGUGAUGCUGCAGCUUCAGUAUAUGCAGUCGCUGCUGCCCAGUUCAUUUGAAUCCUUAGGACACGUUUUUCUGGCUCCAAGGGAAUACUGCAAGCGUCUACACUUGUCUGACAACAACACCCAGUUUCUGCAGAACUUCCUUUCACUCAUGUUGGAAAUUUCUCCAGAAUCUGAUGAGUGCGACCAAGGCCUCAUUCACAACCUGAUUCUGGAUUCAAGGAUUAUCGGGCAGUUGGCGUCCCGUGUGUGGAACAACAAGGACUUGAAUUCGUACGGCUUCCUGGCUGUGUUUGCAUCUACAGAUGGAGGUAUCACACGGGUUUUCCCCAAUCA